AUGUAGGGGUUAGUGGCGCUGUGCCAUGCCGAAAUAUUGCUCAGCUCUGACUAAGGGCAGCAAGAUUUAGAGCUCAUUGAAGCUUGAAAAUCAAUCGUAUCUUGGACUUAGCCACAGCGCCGCCCAUAUCAGCCACAGCCGCCCGUUGAUCGAUCAGUGGCGCUACACCUGAAGCGGCUCGCAUUUAACAUGGACCACAUACAUUAACGUGACGCGAACAAGAAACGAGACGACGCGAAUUUGCAGUAGCCAUCAUCCACCCACAGAGAUGUCUCGUGGCAAGAAAAGGAAGCGUGGCACAGACAGCGCGUCAGACACUCAAACCUCUGCUUCAUCUAAAAACUAUACGCCUGUAAAAAAGGAUUUGUUGCUGCUGCACUACCCUCAUGUACGCACGCUGAGGCAGCAUAUGCUCGCAAGCCUCCCGGAUACCUCAAAGGUCAGACGAAAGAAGAUUUCGGCCUUGGGGACAAGCGUGGAGGCCAGCGAAAUAGAAGUGCAGCUUGCCCAUGUGCUCGACACUGCUUUGGUCGGUAGCAGCCAGCCAAUCCCAAGAUCCGACUCAGAGGAAAACACAUGGCAACAAUGGCUAUCCUUUUCUCAGAAGGGGGAUGAAUCUUAUGUGACUAUAUCUAACGGAAUUGCUUCAUCGAUUGCUAAUCAAUCUGAGGUCUGUUUCUGUCUCCCCAAUUGCAACCAGUGGACCAGGCGAGGCUAAAUAGCCCAAUUGUAGAUUCUGGACUUUGUCAUCUGGCUGCUCUUUUCCAGAGAGAGGACUGGAUCAUGGCCCAAACACCUGCUUUGUGAUGGCUUCCGUAGAAGUGCCAGAGAUGAUCAA